AACACAUUUUUCGAGCCGUGUGCAAAAAUUGCUUAGCGUCAUCAUCAGCGCCGAUCACUGCAGCAUCCCCUCCUCCAUCGCUUCUGCAACAUCUGGUACCGGGAGCUCAGAGAUGGCCUCUGUAGAAAAACCAGGCUUCUGGCCCGCGGAACUCUACUCUGUAGCCGUGGUACAGUUUUCCUAUAACAUCAUGGUGUCGUCCUACCUCGGAGGAGAAAUGGCGACGAAGGUCAACGCGAAUCGAACGUCCGCCAUGAUGAUCUCUCACGUCGGCGCCAUCUUGCUCUGUUCCAUCAUUACCUUCAUAUCCAGACGACGGGAAAAGGGAACGACGAUCUCCCGGGCAACGGGCGCCAUCUUGGCCGUGGUUCUGCCGACCCUGGUGUGGAUAGCCUACAUGGGCGCUGAACUCUCGCAAUCCGAAACCAAGGCUGUCUCUUCCGGCAAGAAGCCAAAGCGAGAGGGAAUGCCCCUCACCAUCUUCUCCUCCAUCGUCGCUUCUCUCCUUCUGUUCUUCCUCAUGUACGUCAUGGAAGAGUUCCAGCAAACCAAGUUCCAAGAAUAUCUCAAGGAGAGGAAACAAGGUGGAGAUGUUGUCCCUGACACAAAGGAUAUGAAGAUCCUGCUACAGAACCGUGUGUAUGCAGCGCUGUUGGGGAUGUUCGAUAUCCUGCUGGCUGCAGAGUUCACGCGCGCGAACAAACACUACCACAGCCGCGUUAUCUAUGUCACCUUCGCAUUUAUCCUCCUCAGUAUGUUCCAAUACGCUCCCGCCGUGCAAAAAAUGCAGCAGGACAAGAGAAAAAAGUUCCAACUUUUCCUGGGAAACAAUUUCAAGGAUUUGGUCUUGGGUUUGCUCUGUGUUGUGUUGGUAUGGAAGUUCGGACUCUCGUCCGGUAAGAUCAUACUUCUGGCGAAGAGUUUCAGCCUGGUUCUGUAUCGGUAUGUGGAGCAGGUCAGAGAGGAGGAGGGGUCAGAGGGCGAGGUCAUAGAGGAAAGGUCAGAGGUCGUAGAGGACAAGGUCAUAGGGGAAGGGUCAAGGUCAGCAGGCCCUGGUGGUUUGAAUGGGAUACCGGAAGAAAAACCAGAAGAAAACAAAAAGGAGGACUAAACUGUCAU